CUCGUGACGUCACUGUUUGUGCGACUCAGUGCGGCAUGGUGUUUACCUACUAGACUGGCCUUUCGUGUGACAUAAAAGCUUAUACCGAUCUAGUACCUGUAUGAAAUUUUGCCGAUAUGGAUGUAACCGAGGAGAACGACGACACUGGAAUCGAGGUUAUUCUACCAGAGGACGGUAACACAGCGCCAAGCUGUCUACACGGUCCAACAUUACUGUUCGAGAAAAGAGGCAAAGCAGGAGACAGAGGCAGGAGAUUUUAUGCCUGCUCAGCCUGCAGAGACAGAAAAGACUGCAGCUUUUUCCAGUGGGAAGAUGAAAAGGUUUCAGAGGCUCGACUGCUGGACAGAGAAGCACAGAACCAGAGAAAGAAACCACCGUUUAGCCACCAGGAGUACUGUACCAGGUUCAGGAGGUUCGCCCCCCUCCCACUGGACGACAAGAAAUUCUGUCAGGAUUGUCAGAUCCUGCUCCUGCCAGAGGAGCAUGGCGCCCACUCCUCUCACAGAGUCGCUGCUGUCACCGCCGCCCAGCUGAGGCGGCCCAGUGUGCUGCUGCGUCCUCUGGACAACAAGAAGAGCAACGCCCAGUACCUGUUCACCGACCGCAGCUCGCACUUUCUGCUUGACACCGUAGCUGCUCUGGGAUACGGGAAGGUGCUGUGUGUGGGUACACCCAGACUCGUGGAGCUCAUCAAGUUGCGCAACCUGGAGCAAAAGCACAAACCGAUCAAGUGUCUACUGCUGGACAUUGACUUCAGGUACGCUCAGUUCUACAGCCAGGAGGAGUUUUGCCACUACAACAUGUUCAACCAUCACUUCUUUGGUGGAGAGGCCUCCAGGUCCGCUCUGUGUUCUUUCCUCACGGAGACCGAUGGGGAGAAGGUGGUGAUGGUGGCUGACCCUCCCUUUGGGGGUCUGGUGAAACCUCUGGCCCACAGUUUCUCACUGAUCUCACAGACGUGGAGGAAGCUGCAGAGCUCUGACAGCAAAAGCGCCAACAUGCCCAUGAUGUGGAUCUUUCCGUAUUUCUUUGAGCCCCGCAUCCUGGCGUGUCUCCCCUCGUUCUCAAUGCUGGACUACCAGGUGGACUAUGACAACCAUCCUCUGUAUAAACACGGGAAGACGGGCAGGAAACAGUCUCCAGUCAGACUGUUCACCAACAUUUGUCCCAGAGAUGUUGUUCUUCCUGAAGAGGAGGGCUACAGAUUUUGCUCUGUGUGUGAGAGAUACGUCUGCUCCCUCAACAAACACUGUGCUAAAUGCAACGCCUGCCCGUCCAAGGACGGUCGUGAAUGGAAGCACUGCCCAACAUGUCAGAAAUGUGUGAAGCCAUCUUGGAGGCACUGCCAGUCCUGCGGGCGCUGUGCUCUCCCAGACCACCCGUGCGGACGCAGUGAAGGAAAAGAAGGCUGCUUUAACUGCGGCAGCACGAAGCACCGGCACAAAUCCUGCCCUCUCAAAGACGCACACAGGAUCAGCAGUCACAAGUCCAGUGCCAAGAGAGCAAGGAAAAAUGCAUCCCAUCAUCCUCCUCUGAAGCCUGACGCUAAGAGGAAGUCUGGAGCCGCUCACAGAGCAAAGAAGAGGGCUGCUCAGUUUGUGUGACCUCAGGAAUUGUGCAGUGCAGUUGUAAAAUAAAAUUACACAAUAGGAAAUAAAAUGAGCACUUUAUGCAAUGGAACACA